AUGAAAUCUACGUUUAAGUCUGAAUAUCCAUUUGAAAAGAGGAAGGCCGAAUCAGAAAGGAUUGCUGAGAGGUUUAAGAACAGGAUACCUGUGAUUUGCGAAAAAGCUGAAAAGUCUGAUAUUCCGGAGAUUGAUAAGCGUAAAUAUCUAGUUCCUGCAGAUCUUACUGUAGGGCAAUUUGUUUACGUUAUAAGAAAGAGAAUUAUGCUCCCCCCUGAGAAAGCCAUUUUCAUUUUUGUCAAUGACACUUUGCCACCCACUGCGGCGUUGAUGUCUGCUAUAUAUCAAGAACACAAGGAUAAGGACGGAUUUUUGUAUGUCACUUACUCAGGAGAGAAUACGUUUGGCAGGUAG